AUGAAGGAUAGGGCAUUCUUUGGUGAGAAUGAAUGGUUUUUCUUUAGUCCAAGAGACAGGAAGUAUCCGAAUGGUGCUCGUCCGAACAGAGCGGCUGCAUCAGGUUAUUGGAAGGCGACAGGGACCGAUAAGCCGAUCCUUUCGUCGAAUGCAUCACAGUGUAUUGGGGUGAAGAAGGCUCUUGUUUUUUACAAAGGUCGCCCUCCAAAAGGCACAAAAACCAACUGGAUGAUGUAUGAAUAUAGGCUUCUCAAUGAUAACCCUCGUUCUCUAAGGCUCAGAGGAUCAAUGAGGUUAGAUGAUUGGGUUUUAUGUCGAAUUCGCCAAAAGAGCAACACUGCGGCACAAAGACAAGAGAACCCAAAGAAGUGCAUUGUAACCUCAUCACCUUCCUAUGAUCUUGAUUUAAUUGGACAAGAACAUACACUGGAGAAAAUCAACUAUUUCAAAUUCGAAAACGGGUUUAGUACUGUUACUGUCCAGGAUAGUGAAAUUGUCAAUGAAUUCGGGCCUUUCGAAUUCCAAGGAGGGACGUCAGAAUACUCAAUGCAUGGAGAUUAUUCUUACUUUCACACAGACAAAGGUUGUCCCAUGACAGAUGCUCUUGAAACCAUAAGAAGAGUGCUUUCACUUGGAGCUUUAGAUGAACAAAUGCCACUUCCCCCAAAUAAGAGAUCAUGUACUUCACUGAGUCAUUCAAGUAACUCUGAUAACUCGGGCAUAUUUGAUAUUUGA